CCUGGGCAGCAAAGCACAACCAGAAGGAACAGCCGGAGCCCACAGCAGCAGACGGCCUGGUCAACUGAACAAUGUCACUCGCCCUGUAUACCUGCCUCCUCUGGCUCUGCACCAGUGGCCUCUGGACUGCCCAAGCCAGCACUAAUGAGAGUUCAAAUUCUCACCGAGGCCUGGCUCCCACCAAUGUUGACUUUGCCUUCAACUUGUACCAACGCCUAGUGGCCCUAAAUCCAGACAAGAACACCUUAAUCUCCCCAGUGAGCAUCUCCAUGGCUCUGGCCAUGGUAUCCCUUGGCUCUGCCCAGACUCAGUCUCUCCAGAGUCUAGGCUUCAACCUCACAGAGACCUCUGAAGCUGAGAUCCACCAGAGUUUCCAGUACCUCAAUUACCUUCUCAAGCAGUCCGAUACUGGCUUAGAGAUGAACAUGGGCAAUGCCAUGUUCCUCCUCCAGAAGCUGAAGCUGAAGGACUCGUUCUUAGCAGACGUCAAACAAUACUAUGAGUCAGAGGCCUUGGCCAUCGAUUUCGAGGACUGGACUAAAGCCAGCCAACAGAUCAACCAGCAUGUCAAGGAUAAGACACAGGGGAAAAUUGAGCAUGUGUUCUCAGACCUGGAUAGUCCAGCCUCCUUCAUCCUGGUCAACUACAUCUUCCUCAGAGGCAUAUGGGAACUUCCCUUCAGCCCAGAAAAUACUAGAGAGGAGGACUUCUAUGUGAAUGAGACAAGCACCGUGAAGGUGCCCAUGAUGGUCCAGUCAGGCAGCAUUGGUUACUUUCGUGACUCAGUCUUCCCCUGCCAGCUGAUACAGAUGGACUAUGUGGGAAAUGGAACUGCCUUCUUCAUUCUUCCAGACCAGGGCCAGAUGGACACUGUCAUCGCUGCACUUAGUCGGGACACAAUUGAUAGGUGGGGCAAGCUUAUGACCCCAAGGCAGGUGAACCUAUACAUCCCGAAAUUCUCCAUAUCUGAUACCUAUGACCUUAAAGACAUGCUGGAAGACCUGAACAUUAAGGACUUGCUCACCAACCAAUCAGAUUUCUCAGGCAACACCAAAGAUGUUCCCUUGACAUUAACGAUGGUCCACAAGGCCAUGCUACAACUGGAUGAAGGGAAUGUGUUGCCUAAUUCUACCAACGGGGCUCCCCUACACCUGCGCUCUGAACCACUUGACAUCAAGUUCAACAAGCCCUUCAUCCUCCUGCUCUUUGACAAGUUCACAUGGAGCAGCCUGAUGAUGAGCCAAGUGGUCAAUCCAGCCUAAGAACGUGUCCUGAGAAGCCUUGGUGCCAUCUGACUUUGAGGGAUGGAAGCCUUUCCCCAGUCUUCUCAGGGUCUCCCCAACCCAAUCUACUUUUAGAUAACUAGCAAUGAGUAGCCCUUGUUGCCACUCUCAAGACAAAGUCACUUGAGAAGGGAGCACUGAGAAAGAGGUAACAGUUAUUAAAGGAUGUUUUUGCAAA